GCAACAAUAUCCGCGGAAUUUUAUUAAACAUCGAGUUGUCUUCGUGAUUAGACAUUAAAUUGCGACUUAACAAAUACAAUUGGAAGCUUUGCGCUUUAGUGUAGUUUCAACCAUAUAAAAAGUGCAACAACAGUGGUAAAUUCUGCGAACAUUCUGCAUUUUCUGCGACGCAGUUUCGAGUGACUCUCCGACUCAAAAUGCGCACAGCUGUUUUACUGCCGCUUUUGGCCCUGCUGGCGGUGGCACAGGCCGUUUCCUUCGCCGAUGUGAUUAAGGAGGAAUGGCACACUUUCAAGUUGGAGCACCGCAAGAACUACCAGGAUGAAACCGAGGAACGCUUCCGCCUUAAGAUCUUCAAUGAGAACAAGCACAAGAUUGCUAAGCACAACCAGCGAUUCGCCGAAGGGAAGGUGAGCUUCAAAUUGGCGGUCAACAAAUACGCCGAUAUGCUGCACCACGAAUUCCGCCAGCUGAUGAACGGCUUCAACUACACCCUGCAAAAGGAGCUGCGCGCCAUCGAUGAGAGCUUCAAGGGCGUUACCUUCAUUUCGCCGGCUCAUGUGACCCUACCCAAAUCUGUGGACUGGCGUAUCAAGGGCGCCGUUACCGCCGUCAAGGAUCAGGGACACUGCGGCAGCUGCUGGGCCUUCUCCAGCACGGGCGCCCUAGAGGGUCAGCAUUACCGCAAAUCGGGAGUGCUGGUCUCGCUGUCCGAGCAGAAUCUGGUCGAUUGCUCCGCCAAGUACGGCAACAACGGAUGCAACGGCGGUCUCAUGGAUAACGCUUUUCGCUACAUCAAGGACAAUGGUGGUAUUGACACCGAGAAAUCGUAUCCCUACGAGGCAAUCGAUGAUUCCUGCCACUUCAACAUGGGCACAAUCGGAGCCACCGACCGUGGAUUCGUCGAUGUACCCCAGGGUGAUGAGGAGAAGUUAGCCCAGGCUGUGGCGACCAUUGGACCCGUUUCCGUGGCCAUUGAUGCCUCCCACGAAUCAUUCCAGUUUUACUCCGAGGGCGUCUAUAACGAGCCCAAGUGCGAUGCCCAGAACUUGGACCAUGGAGUCCUGGCUGUUGGCUUCGGCACCGAUGAGUCUGGCGAGGACUACUGGCUGGUGAAGAACUCGUGGGGUACAUCUUGGGGCGACAAGGGCUUCAUUAAGAUGACGCGCAACAAGGAUAACCAGUGCGGCAUCGCCUCCUCCGCCAGCUAUCCCCUGGUCUAACCCAGAACUGAUUUAUUUUAGCCACAGCCUUCAUAUGAUAUGAUAUGCAAACAAAGAAAAACAUACCAACGCAUGUAUCUCAAAAGGAACUUUAAUAAUUUAGCCCAACCUAUUGCUUUAACAAUUUAAUUUUGUGUUGGGUCCAUUGUAUUCAUGUAUCUCUGUCAUUACACACGACAUAGGUAAACAACAGAUCUGUUGAUGUUUGUAGAAAAAGAAAUAAAAAACUUGUAAUUUUAA